CCUCCCUUCAUUCCACAAGUGUUGCUUCGCUCUCUCCAGCGCACUUGGCGAGCUGGAGAGGUGAGAGGGAUCCUGCGAGCCGGCGCAGGGCGGCGAGUCCGGAGCCGCCGGCCAAGGCGAGGCGCGGACAGACCGACGCUCCCCUGCUCUCCGGCCCCCGCCUCUCCCCGUAGCCGGCCGGACCUGCACCCCGCGCUUGCCCCCGCUCAUCCUCCCCCCGCCCGGUCAGGCGCGCUCCUUCCCGGCCGGCCCCUCGGCGCGCGGCGCGCUGGAGGCGAACGCGGGCUGAGCCGAGCGCAGUGGCCGCCGACCACCGAGCGCCCCGCGCCGCUCCCUGCAUGUGCGGCCCGCGGCGGCUCGCAGCCCCCGGCAGCAGCCUCGGCAGCUUCGGCCGCGCCUCGAGAGGCGGCUGCAGCGGCUCCAGCGGCGGCCGAGCGGCCGAGCCCGGGCUGGGAGACACGAUGCGCCGCGUCCUCCGGCUGCUCCUCGGCUGCUUCCUCACCGAGCUGUGCGCCCGCGUGUGCCGGGCGCAGGAGCGAGCGGGGCACGGGCAGCUGGCGCAGCUGGGCGGCGUGGUAGUGCUGGCGGGGGGCAACCGGUCCGGGGCCGCCUCCGGAGAGGCCGGCGAGGGCGCGGGGGCCUCGGACGCGCCCCCGACCCGGGCGCCCACGCCGGACUUCUGCCGGGGCUACUUCGAUGUCAUGGGCCAGUGGGACCCGCCGUUCAACUGCAGCUCGGGCGACUUCAUCUUCUGCUGCGGGACUUGUGGCUUCCGGUUCUGCUGCACAUUUAAGAAGCGGCGACUGAACCAGAGCACCUGCACCAACUACGACACUCCGCUGUGGCUCAACACCGGCAAGCCUCCCGCACGCAAGGACGACCCCCUGCACGACCCCACGAAGGACAAGACCAACCUGAUCGUUUACAUCAUCUGCGGGGUGGUGGCCGUCAUGGUGCUUGUAGGCAUCUUCACCAAGCUGGGGCUGGAGAAAGCGCACCGGCCGCAAAGGGAGCACAUGUCCAGGGCCCUUGCAGAUGUCAUGAGGCCACAGGGCCACUGCAACACCGACCCCAUGGAGAGGGACCUCAACAUUGUGGUUCAUGUCCAGCAUUAUGAAAAUGUGGAUACCAGAACUCCCAUAAAUAAUCUUCAUGCUACACAGAUGAACAACGCGGUGCCCACCUCCCCUUUGCUCCAGCAGAUGGGCCAUCCGCAUUCGUACCCCAGCCUGGGCCAGAUCUCUAACCCCUACGAGCAGCAGCCACCGGGCAAAGAGCUCAACAAAUAUGCCUCCCUGAAGGCAGUUGGAAGUUCUGAUGGUGACUGGGCAGUGGCGACACUUAAGUCACCAAAAGCCGACAAGGUCAAUGAUGACUUCUACUCCAAGCGACGGCACCUGGCCGAGCUGGCCGCCAAGGGGAACCUACCUCUGCACCCGGUAAGAGUGGAAGAUGAGCCGCGGGCCUUCAGCCCUGAGCAUGGGCCCGCCAAGCAAAAUGGACAGAAGUCACGCACCAACAAGACGCCCCCACAUCCCCUGGCCUACAAUUCCACCACCAACUUCAAAGGCUGGGACCCCAACGAGCAGUCUCUCCGGCGGCAGGCUUACGGUAACAAGGGCAAACUUGGCGUAGCCGAGUCGGGCUCCAGCGACCCCUUGGGGACUCGCACCCAGCACUACCCACCCCCACAGCCAUACUUCAUCACCAACAGCAAAACAGAAGUGACUGUCUGAGCUUUGACUACAGGAAGCAUCCUGGAGACCAUACUCAACUGAGAGGCAAAAAAUAUCCCUGGCCCACACCCUUCCUGCCCUCCCCGACAUGCUCCCUCACGCCCUGACUCCCCAUACCAACCGACCAUAAACCUGCUGGCGACGCGGAAUCAUGCUUUUCUUGGGUCAUGCCUAACACGUGUCGGCGGGCAGCUGAGCAAGGCCGAAGCAGGGAUGUUCAGCAAUACAGCAGAGGGGAAACUGAGGCACGGCUCUUUCGACUUCGGGCCCAAGGUGGCCGACUCACACGCCCAAACCGUGGGGCUGAUUUUUUCUUUUCCUCCUGACUUAAGACUGAAAUCCAUGAUGACGAAUUAAAAGUAGCACAACUUAGAGAAAUUGUCCAUUUGAGCACAUAUUCCAUUUACCACGCGCUGUCUGUUUCCAGGUGAAAGAGCCGGGGGUGUGGGGAGAGGAGAGCGUGGAGGGUACGACAAGAGUGUACUUGAGAAUAUGAGCUGUUUGGGGAGGAAUCUGUGUGCAUUAUAAGUGUUUUCUAAUCCCGAGAAGUAGUGACGUGGAAACACGCUUUUGACGAGCGUGAGACAGUCCAACCCUUCUAUUUAUAGUACUUUUCAUAUUGUCAAUGUUGGAAGCAAAAAACAACACACACUUGAACUCACAAGGAAUAAAUAAGACCCUGAACCCACCAGUAGUGAUGAGAAAGAACGUUGUAGAGAAGUCCCGUAAAGACCAUGACCAUGGACAUGGGAAGGAUAGGCUUUUAUGGCUGGGAGAGGGUCCAGAGAGUGUUAAAUAACUUUUUUCUUAAAAAAAAAAACAAAAACAAAAAACAAAACAAAAGAACAAAGAUAAACGAAUACAAGCCCACUACAAAACAGACAAAACGGCAAAUCAAUUUUUGUCCCAAAUCCUCGCGACUUAGGAAACAAACAAUGGCAUCAAGAACAAUGACACCAAAAUUCACGGUUGAAAAGUCGACAAGAGGUGAAAAGGGGGCCCCCUAUUUCCUGCCUUGCCUCCAAGACAAGAAACACAGAAACCAGUCCUCCAUUAACUGUCUCUCCCUGACUCCCCUCAGCCCUUGCCACCACCGCUGCCAAAUUUCAGCUGCUUUGGACUGAAAAUGUCAUAAGCGUGGGUGGUGCCUUCAAUGUGUUACUGUUUAAUGACAGUCUUGUUACCCAAGUGCAACCUGUGUUCUCUUGGCCCCCCUCCCUCCUGUUUCCUGCAAUAAUAGAAGAUGUUUCUAUCCCCCCAA